GCUGCAUAUAGCCUGAGCCUUGACGCCCUGUUUUGCAGACCGUUUCUUCCGACAUAAUUGCAAACUUGCACCAAGAAAAUGCACGCACAGUCUCUUCACGCUACCGCCACCAGGACAGCUACUAGUGCCAGGCAUGUGGCCCCGCAUGCGCCGCGACGCACCGCUUCCGUUCGGUGCUGUGCAAGCAUGCCGACGAGCGGCGAGACUGCGCCGAGCCGGCGGCAGGCGCUAGCAAGCAUUGCGCUCAUGAGCUCUGGUGCUAUGCUGUCGAACUGCGCGCCCGCGAACGCGGCCCUGAAGGACUACUUGCUGCCAGGCCAGGACGAGGUGCUCGAGGUGUCGAUGACCCUGGGCAGCACGGAUGGCAAGUACAUGUUUUCGCCAAGCACCCUGGAGCUCACGCAGGGCAAGAUUUACAAGCUCAAGCUGAACAACCCCUCCUCCACCACCCACUACUUCACUGCCCUGGAGUUUGCCAGCAAGAUUUACACGCUGCUGGUCCUGGCGGGUGACCCGGUGGUGGAGGUGAAGGGCGCCAUCUCGGAGGUGGCUCUCAAGGCUGGCGCCAGCGCCAUCUGGGUGCUCAUGCCCAUCAAGCCCGGCAAGUACCCGCUGCGCUGCACCGUCAAGGGCCACACCGAGGGCGGCAUGGUGGGCACCAUCAUCGUCAACAAGGCCUGAGGCCUGAGGGGCAAGGCCCGAGGGGCACCAUGAUCGUCAACAAGGCCUGAGGGGCAGGCGGUGUGGUCGGCAAGGCCUGCGGGCUGAUGGGCAAGGCCUGAGGGGUGGGGGGCCUGGCAGCAUAGCGUGAAACAUAAGGCAUGCUAAACAAGGCCUGGGGCAGGCCUAGGGUCUUAGGGAGGUUGGUUCGGAUCAAAGACUUGUUCCCCUGGGCUUGUGAUUCCUGCUGUCUUUUGUCGUUGUCAGCAUGACCUAGGCAGCCGGCGUGACCGGAGUGUGCGUGUGGGCCUUGGAAAGGAGCGCUUCGCGUUCUGGACGUUGGGCUGGGCCAGGGCUGCCUGACUGCGGAUGGACGUAUGGCGUGGCUUCGAGAGGUCAGUGGACGAUGGCGUGGGGAGCCGUGCGAUGACGAAGGGCAGCGGCAUGACCCACUGACGCAUGAGCAGCUUCCGCGGUGGUAUUGUUGAGUGUGGCCAGGGGGUGACGGUGCGGCUGCGUGUGGCAGUGUGAGGUCUGCAAGGGUGAGUUGCAGUGUAGGAGUGCACGGUGGCCGCUCUCGUCAGGGCUGAUGAUGUGUAGGGCUGUGCUAGGAGGCAACCACCUUGCGUGUGUGUGGCGCACCGGUAACGGGCGGUAAGUUGCCUGACGCGCUUGAGCUGCAAUCCGACCUUCCCCUCUACAUGUGUGCCCGCGCGUGCACGUCCGCUUAGCUGCAAGUCGCUAAGACGCCUGCUUCAUAUUCCAUAAACGAGGUC